AUGAAUCGUUAUUUAUUUGUCAUUUUGAACACUAUACUAAUAUGGUCUCUAAACAUCCAAGGCAUACACUGCCUUCCGCAGCUCCCCCCCUCGCGAACAGCAGAUUCGCUACCAAAAAGCUCACUAUCUGGGAUUCGAAGCGCCACGAGCUUGACCACACUAUAUCCUCCAAACACUGCAAGGUUACUCAAUAUUCAAACCAAGGGAGAAUACAAAUCUCAAUUGGAGACUGAGGGACAUCCAUCAUUACAACCCUUUCCAUACCCCUCCAUUACUAUCAAGAAGCCUAUAGAAGGGCUUGGCGAAUUUCCUGGCACUAGGCAUUUUGCUCCUUUUGCUACCGCUCUAGUAGGAACAGUCACUGUUACCGUCACCGUAACUUCUACUGUCCAUCAAUCAGGUGCAGGCCGACACACACACAGCAGCAGCAAUUCCAUUCAUAGAUCUUCUACCACCAAAGUCGCUGCACCUCUCUUUAGAAUGGAUGGACAAGAUGUCUUUGAGGCAGUCUCCUUAGACGCUGUCCCUACAAACAUUGCCGUAAAGGACACCCACCCUGUGCCGAAAGUUGGGAUUGUGGAGACAACUGCUCCUAUUGAAACGAACAAAUUUUAUACAAACUUCCUUCUAGGAAACCAGACCACAUAUUCCUUCGUUCAUCCUUAUGCUUUGGGAUGGCCAAGGGGCAGUGGUAAUGCCCAGAGUUGGGGACUGGCCAUCUCUCAUACCGACAUAGAUCAACUAGUGUAUGGCAAUCAGAGCGCGCAACUCCCAGAAAACCCAGUAGAGUAUUAUCUGAAUCCCAUUGGAUUCCAGUCUGUCAUUCUUUCUGCGAGCGAACUGGGCCCUUCUACUAUUUUGAACACCGACCGGUUGACAGGGCUCUCUGUAGAUGUCAUUCUGCGGCCUUCUAACCAGCCAAGCAAAAGCAUUACUUUCCCCGUGCUGCAGGGCAUGGGCUUUGUGACGGGCAUUUACACGGGACUGCAACCCCUCGUACAAAGCUGCAUCACAUUUCGGGACUUGGUGUGUGUUGGUGCGAUCGGUCAAGGAACAUACAAGUACCGGGUCACUCUGGCAGAUGGCAAGAGCUGGCUGUUUUAUGUCACGCCUGACAAUGACGAUGGCCUCAACCCAGUUUUCAGCUUCAAUGAAUCAAGUACUACAAUUAAAGGACCGAUGGGGUUCUCUGGUAUCAUACAAGUCGCGAAGAACCCCGCAGGUCUUACGGGCGAAACUGUGUAUGAUGGAAGUGCUGGUGUCUACGCUAGAUCUGCCAGUAUCAGUGGAGCGGUUAGUGACUACACUGGUACAUAUGGAUUGACUUGGGAAAAAGCUGGCCAGAGUGCUGCCAAUAAACCGCUUUUGACAUUUGCUUUACCCCAUCACGUCGAGUCGUUUGAUGCACAAACACGGGCUGCAUUGCAACCACUACAAUUACGCUCUACCACCAAAGGAAACAUGUCUGCUGUGGCGGCUGAUAAGUGGACCAUGGUUGAAAGCAAUCUUCCAAUUGAUAUUGGCUUUGCACCUUGGUCACCAUCUCUUGGCAGUGUUGAUACCCUCUCAUCGGAUGUUCAGCAGACGAUCUCCUCUGCUGCGGACAUCGAGUUGACACCCGACAUCGACCAUCAAAGUAACUUGAACAGUAUGUACUAUAGUGGCAAGGUCUUGAGCAAAUUUGCUACUCUGGUAUAUGCCGUUCAUAAACUGGCCAACGACCCAGACCGGGCUGCACCCACGUUUGAUGGUCUCAAGAAGGCUUUUGCGCGCUUUGUGAACAACGAGCAGCAAUUCCCUCUUGUUUAUGAUAAUACAUGGAAAGGAGUUGUGUCUAGUGCUGCUUAUGAGACAAAUGAUCUCAAUCAAGAUUUUGGCAAUUCAGGCUACAACGACCAUCAUUUCCACUAUGGAUACUUUAUCCAUGCGGCAGCGAUUAUUGGUUCCCUUGAUCCCUCCUGGCUUACUGAUGAUAACAAAGCAUGGGUGAACAUGCUGGUUCGUGAUGCGGGCAAUCCCGCAUCCAACGAUCCUUCAUUCCCUUUUUCACGAGCCUUCGAUUGGUACCACGGACAUUCAUGGGCCAAGGGGCUGUUUGAAUCGGCUGAUGGCAAGGAUCAAGAGUCCACAUCAGAAGAUGCCAUGUUUGCAUACGCCGUGAAGAUGUGGGGAAAGACUAUUGGUGACAACAGCAUGGAGGCCAGAGGAAAUUUAAUGCUGGCUCUGCUUAAACGGUCAUUGAAACACUAUUUCCUCAUGGAAGGUGAUAAUUCGAAUCAUCCAAGCAACUUUAUUGGAAACAAAGUGACUGGGAUCCUGUUUGAAAACAAGGCACAUCAUACUACUUACUUUGGCGCCAAUCUCGAGUUCAUUCAAGGAAUUCACAUGCUCCCCCUCUUACCUUCAUCCGCAUACACUCGCAAUGAAGCUUUCGUGAGACAAGAAUGGGAUGCCAUAUUCUCUGAAGGGGCCUGUGCACCAGCUUCUGCUGUAUCUUCUGGUGGCUGGAAGGGGGUCUUGUACGCCAACCAGGCAAUCAUAGACCCAGCGAAAGCAUAUGACUUUUUCAGCCAGCCGAACUUCAACAUGACUUGGAUUGAUGGCGGAGCUACACGUACAUGGUAUCUUGCAUAUGCUGCAGGACUCAAAGGUCGAAACUAG